AUGUCCGUCCAACGGCGCUUGACGCGCGAUUGUAAGAGGGAGUUUCACUUUCGCUCCUCCGACACCGCGGCGGGAAAAACGCCUCUAGAGCCGUCGCCAAGGCGCCGCUACGCCGCAGGCCCAAACAAGCGCGCAAAAAACGCGCACAGCCAACUCCAAGUGGUACUAAGCGGCGGCCGCGAGCGCCGCCCGACCGCCUUAUCACUGUCGAUAAGGAGCAUUCGCGGCGUCGUUAUCGCGUCCCGUUCUGCCCACCGCAAACCACCCGAAAUGUCGCCGCCG